CGCGAGUACAGCUACGAAUGUGCAACAGGAAGCUUAUUCCGAGAAGCAAAUUGACGAACUCGAUUCAGACGGCCUCGUGAGCGACGGCACGGAUGAUAAACAGGAUAGUGGUGAGAAAGGCAAGCUAGCGGUAAACAUAAGUGGUGUAACCAAGCUAUCGGAUGUGUCCAAUAACAUGGGAAUUUCAGCUGCUGGUGCAAUAAGCCCGCUAUUAUAUGAGCAACAAGAUGCAUCGGCCGUUGGGGUUUCCUCAGGUGUCCUUAAGCCAACAAUCGAUCUCCAACCUCAGUUUGCCAACACUCCAUUUUUUUCACCAGACGAUCUGAGUCAUCUACUGGCCAAAUCGGAUGUCGGACAAGCCAUUAUCCAGAACAGCUUGAAAGGACCGUUAUCGAAGGAUAGCAAGAAGGAAUUAGCUGGCAUCAUAGCAAAUCACCAUCUUUCCUGUCACUCUGCUGGGAAUAACGUAGCAUUAUGUCGGCUACCGAAGGCGGUGCUUGAGAACUACGUGAAUUGUGUGAAGCUGCGAUUCCCAGCCGAGAACAAUGAUAUGCUAAUGUACUACAUCCCGGCUACGCCUCCGGAGAGAAAGAAUCCAGGAGGAUCGAUAUAUCAGGCUUAUAAGCGUCUGAAAAGCGUGAAACGUGAUCGAGAGCGACGAGAACUUCAGCAUACGGCAAAACUAGUUGCUAAAGAAAACAACGCUAACCCUCAUGAAGCUGAACAGUCUGAAGCAAACAGGUGGCUUGCUCUCAAUAAUGCCCCUUGGGACACAGUGAUGAAAAUGUGGAAAAUGACAGAAACAUGUCGAUUUGAAGAUACAAAGACGCUGAAACCUGUUGAGAUUAUUGCGAAGUAUCGUCAUUACGCAGCUCCACUUGGAUAUCAAUUGAUUGAUCAAGACUACAAUUCGCUUGGAUUUGUCGAAGGAAUUCAUAAAUGGACAGAACUGGUGAAGAAAUUAAAACCGUACUUUAUUCUCAAAGUACAUGACCAGUUCUCCGCCGCUAUACUUGAAUACAUGAGUCACGAUGGAGCUACUGAAGACACACUUGUAUGUUGUACGCUGAUGCUACUGAACUGCUGUGUGAAACCAUGUAAGAUCAACAAAAAUAUUCGGCCAACGAUUCUCUCUGCUCAAGAAGAUACAUUGUUGUUUGCCGAAAACCUGGAAAGUGGCGUGGACAAUAUCCGUAAACUUCUCGAAACGUAUGCAGCACAAGGAGUUGCUGCUCACCCAAAAAUUUUGGCAAUUGGUUCUAGUUACAGAAAGAUUACUGGAGAGUUCCAUGUGAUAUUUAAUCGUGUUCAGUACAAAGUUGAUUCAGCUGCUCGUGCGGUAGAUAUUGUGAUUAAGAUGUGCAGUGUUAUGAACCAACCAUUUUCUAAGGUUUCAAAACUCGUGUGGUACACUAUUGAGGAAGUCCUGUAUGAUAUUCGUGCACCCGCUCAAUACAAAGAAAUCGAAUCCAUCAAAAAACUUCUGAAAUGAGUAAUUCAGUGAAGUGCUUCUAUGCAGGAUGCCAACAUAUGUUCACACGAGUAAAUGAUUAUAUCACACACCUAAAAUCACAUGACCUAGAAAAGCCACUCCGAUUAGUAUGUACAUUUAUCAAUUGCCUUCAAAAAUUUACAACAAUGUAUAGAUUCAGCCGGCAUCUUAAAACUCAUCUACCAUUAGAGAGAAGUAGUAUGGAAUACGAGAUAAACAACGAAACGACCAAUAUCCAACAUGCAUCACCAAGCAAUUCAGAAGAGCGUUGCACUUAUCCAGUGGAAAAUAAUGCUGUAUCAGUAUACCCAACAAAUCCAGUUCCUGAUAUUCUGAAGGGUAUUGAACAGAGAGCACUCAGCUUCAUACUCAAUUUGCAUAAACGAAGAAACUUCACACGGAAGGACGUUAUAGAAAUACAAGGAGAAAUUAAAACGCUAUACUCAUACCUGGAGCAGCUUAUUCGCUCAUGUGCACCGACAUCUUUAGAUCCGCAGACACAAUAUGUAUUCGACCUACUGUUAAGAAAAAUGUCUACUCUAUUUGACUUUAUCGAUACCGAGCAUAAGCUAUUCAGGUACCUGACCGAUUUAGAUCUUAUGAGAAAGCCUCAGUUAUUUAUGAUACAUAGAGACAAAAUUACCGACGUUCAUGAAUGUAACGAACCCAUUGAAAGCAAACUGUCUUAUCUAGUUUUGAUGGAUAUUGAAUUUCAAAUAAGAAAAUAUCUUGAGAGCGAAAAUGUAUUUGAACAAAUGCAACGAAAUACAGAAAGCCUGAUAGGAAAAUCAAAUCUCUGUCAUUUUGUCAAUGGGUCAACAUAUAGCAGCUUCAAAGCUAAAUAUCCAGAUAAAAUAAUCAUACCAGUGUUUUUAUAUUCAGACGAGUUCGA